CCCUGAUCCCGAUCGCGACCUCAGCCGCAGCUAGUUUGUUUCUCGCACUAGCUGGCAGGGUUGAAACUUGAAGCCGAAGAAUUCCCCCUCCCUUCCGGCCAUUUCGCAUUGCAAAGUCACUUUCGUUCCUUCCAGCCGUCUUCUCACGAGCCUGAUGCGUCAGGCGCUGUCGAAUGCUAUCAGAGCCUUCAAGAUUCCUGCUUACUUAGCACGAUCUGAGCAGCCUCGCUGAUUCGAUCUCAAUAAGCUUCACCGACGUUUGACAGAGCUCUGCCACUUCCUUCCUUUCUCCACAACGCUUUCACCAUGGUGAAAAAGGAGGGUGUGUUGGCCUUAUUUGAUGUUGAUGGCACCUUGACAGAUCCAAGGAAGGUUGCUUCUGUUGAGACGCUUGACUUCAUCAAGGAGCUGCGCAAGCAUGUCACCGUUGGUGUUGUGGGAGGAUCAGACUUGGUCAAGAUCAGCGAGCAGCUUGGCAGAACAACCUUGACGGACUUUGACUACGUCUUUGCUGAAAAUGGACUGGUGGCGUUCAAGGAUGGGACCAAGUUUGCGGAGAUGAGUCUCAAGAAGCACUUGGGAGACGACAAGUUGAAGGAAUUCAUCAACUUUGUGCUGCACUACAUCGCUGACCUGGACAUCCCUAUCAAGAGGGGAACAUUCAUUGAGUUCCGCACUGGUAUGAUAAAUGUCUCACCGAUUGGACGCAACUGCAGCCAAGAGGAGCGCGACGACUUUGAGAAGUAUGACAAGGUGCACAACGUGAGAGCUAAGCUGGUUGACAUCCUGCGGGAGAAGUUUGUCCACCUGAACUUGACGUACUCGAUUGGAGGCCAGAUCAGCUUUGACGUGUUUCCUCAAGGUUGGGACAAGACCUACUGCCUGCAGUUUGUUGAGAAGGAGUUCAAAGAGAUUCACUUCUUUGGCGACAAAACAUACAAGGGAGGCAAUGACUACGAGAUCUUCUCCUCCGAAAAGACUGACGGCCACACAGUAACCAGCCCUGCUGACACAAGAGAACAGUGCACUAGACUCUUUUUGCAAGAUUCAUAGCAGGGGCUGGAAACAGCUCGCGGUGUUGGGACAGGUGCCCAUUGAACGGUACAAGCGGUCGCUGACCUCGAUUGAUCAUGUCGUUGAGACAGGAGUUGACUCUAAUCUGCAUUUGCUCUGACCCUUGUGACAUCUCAACUGCAACGUCUGAUCGGAUUGUCGGCCAGAAGGUUCACCUUGUCGACAUCAAUCUAGCGUCCUUGAAUCGACUCUGUUCGGUUUAAUCAUUCCUUGUGUGCACCGGCGAAACGAUCGCCCCGUCCUUGUAAGAUGAUUGAGUUGCAGUCCAAGCAGUAGUUCGAC